GAUGGAGAUGACGCAAACGGACUCUGCUACCCCCAAAAAGUCUUUCAAGACGAACAUGGCGGCAACUUAACCCAGAUCCAAGAUGACUGUGGACAUCGGGUGUAAUGAUCCAAGGUAUUCUGCCCGGAUAGCCUACGGACCGGAAAAAAUCACCUGGGGUAGCCUGCAAUCAAACGGCUUUUGCUUUCUCAUAACUGAAUAGGGGAAACGGCAGCAGUAACGGCAGCAGCACCAAGAAUCUCGCAACAGCUGGUCUCUCUGCGCGCGAGCACAACCCGGGAGAGCAAUACAGAGGGAGCGAGGCGCGAGGCAUGCGGUUACAGAGAACGCGGUUUCCCCCCGGAGAGCCAUGGAGAACGGGGAUGCGGCAGCGCGAGGCUUAAUCUGUGCAGGCGCGCUAAUUGGAUCGGAAUAACACACCGACGGUGUCGGGCGCGAAAGAGGAGCGCCCAGGACCGGCCGCGGCACGGCAGCCAACCCUUACCGAGGAGAAAUAACCGGAGACCAUCUCCCCAAGUCAAUGAGUAUAGUGGCAGAGGAGCCCCCGCGGUGGAGUCGGCCAGAGCUGCGCUUUUCCUAAAAUAUGACCAGGGGUGCUUGGAUGUGUCGGCAGCAAGAUGACGGCUUAAAAAUCUGGUUUGCACCCCGAGAGAACGAGAAGCCAUUUACCGAGUCGGAGAGGGCCCAGAGAUGGCGCCUGUCGCUGGCCUCUCUUCUCUUCAUCACUGUCCUGCUCUCUGAUCACUUGUGGUUCUGCGCCGAGGCCAAACUGACGCGGACCCGAGACAAGCGGCUGGACAAGCGGCUCGCCUUUACGGACAUGGCCGGGUACUCAAACUCCACUUAUCAACAUCACAUCCCCUCAUCUGACCUCCAUUUCCCCCACAGCCGCCUCGCCAGAGAGCCAGAUGCUAUUUUUAUAGGGAAUUCUACCAAACCUCUGUGGCGACUGGACACCUGUCACCCCGACAGCCUGUCAAAAGACUGCUUCACUUUCACGGACGCAGAGCCCGUGUGCCUGGGCCUCUCCGGGGGCGGAGAGGAGGGGACGCAGUCGGCGGACGUGAAUCCGAGCGAUUUGUACCUUUCUUUUUGUAAUUCUUACUCUCUUUUGGAUUUGUUUAACGGGUUUACGAGUCCGGGCAAUAUAAGCUGUAGCCUGGACGUGGCUGAGAGCGACACGCUGGGAUGCAGAGAGUGUGUACGGGCUUACCAGCGCUUUGACCGGCAAGCUCAGGACAACUACCGGGAAUUUGAGCUGCUGGUUGAGAAAUACGAGAAGGAUGAAUACUCGGUCAGGACAUGUAUGGAAGAAUGCAAGAUGGUGUACAAGCCCUGGCUUUGCUCACAGUACUUCCAGACCACCCAGAUUCACUGCAGCAAGACGAUCCCAUGCGGCCAGUACUGUCUGGAGGUGCAGCAGAGAUGUCCCUUCAUCCUGCCUGACAACGAUGAUCUCAUCCACGGAGGGAGCCCCAGUUUCAUAUGCACAGGGCUGUUGGAGGCCUACCCAGGGGGCGUGGACGCCAACGCCGAGUGCUGUGAUGUCCGGUGGGACUCCCGGCCAGAAGCGGACAACAACCGUUCCCGGGGAACCCUAAAAAGAACUCACCCGUCCUGUCACCACCGUACCUCUCUCAGUUCCUCGGCCGCGUGCAGACUGUGCAACAGCCGCCUCAAACUCUGCCUGCUAGUCCUUGUCCUCCUGCACACCGUUGCCUCCCUCACUGCGUCCCAGAAUGCAACGGUACUGGGCCUGGGUCUCCCCACCUCCUUCUCCCCUCUGGAGGAGAGCUCCCCUGCCAACGAGGAGUGAUGGGAUCGCAAGAGGAUUUACGUUGUUACGGCAAUCCACGCGGACCCGAAACGUCCGCUAGCACACGCUGCAGGCGGGGAUGUCUGCGGCCGCUGUGCUUUUUGGGUAAUAGAGUCUGCGCGGAGAUGCUGGACUUCCUAGAGACGGACGACAUGCAAAUCAAUCAAGGCAAACAGGCUGACAGACAAACAAACAAAGAGACAAACCCGACUGUGGCGGGAACAUGGGACAAUGCCACAGGCUUUGUCGACUAGGAAAGGCCUCCUCACUACUGAGUUUCUUUUUUACACUGUGUUCCUCUUCUGGCUUUACGUUGCACUGGCUGACUAUAGGAAAACACUCACUCUCCUUUUGGAAUGUCCAUCCUUUAUGUUGUUUCUUAUGGGUCUCUUGUGCAAGAAGGAAUUGUCUAAUUGAUAUAGGAUAGAUAACGUAUCAAAAAGCAAAGUGUGAGUGUGUGCAUGCUUGUGUGUGUGUGUGUGUCCACUCUGAAGUCUGUCCUUAUUCGGGUUCCCAUUCCUAAAGCUGCUCUAGAUGUAGGAGAAGACACAGGUAACGUAUGGCGUUAGAUUGUUGUUGCAGAACACAUUUUUUGUGUUCUUCAUGUUCUGAAAACACUUUGUCAUUUCCACUUUAAAAAGAUACUUUGGGUUUUUGAGAUUUUGGGUAUUUGCAAACUUACCCAUAGUUAGACGACGCCUAUGGAUACAAUUGUUGUCUCUGCGUGCAGAAAGUUGCGGUGUGGCAGAUCACUAGCUUUGCAUAACUGCUUUUUGUCAACGAAUAGGCACUAGCCAACUGUUCUCUAAAGAUGGGAAAUUCACCUAAGCACUCCAAAUCGGUCUUUUAAGUAUUACUUAGAAAUAGAAAUCAUAGAAAUCUGUAAAAACAAAAUGGUUCCUGAUAAUCAUAGCAAAUAGAUUCCAUCAACUUCCUCAUUUAAGGAUUUAUGGAAUACUUAGGGUUAUAUGUGUUUUCUCCAUGCAAACCUUGGUUUGGGUUUGUAUACAAUGACCAGAGACGUAAAACCGUUAGCCAUUUCUCAUUGUGAGAAAGCUAUCUUUCUUUGUAAAUAAAAUAUGCAAAACUUGGAAAAUCAGAAAAAUAUAAUUUCUAUUUAGUCCUAUCUUUUUGAGCCUGAAUAUACUGAGUAAUUUCCCUUUUUUUGAGAAUAGCUGGCUCAUACUUACUAGUUGACAACCAGUAAUUGUGCUAAGCUAAUUAUGUAUUGCACAUCAACUGUUGUCAAACUACAGUACAUGCAGAGACAUAAUUGCGAAAGUAGGAAAAUACCCCUAAAAAUCUUGAUAUCCUUUAAAUUGUCAGACUUGAUUUGUCCACUGAAAAACCUAGUAAAUACUAUACAAAAAGUAUAUAAUUGUCAACGUUCACGAUAAUGCACAUUGCUGCAGGAUUAUGUUCUUGCAUUGGCAAUCUCAGUAAAAUCUCUAUUCUGUUCUCAUGUUUCAAAUCAACAAAUUGCCCAUUGGAAAAUGAACAGCCAGCCGGAUUAUAUCUAUCAGAUCACACAACUGGCCAGUCAUAAAAUUAAAACAUCUAACAAAAUAGAAGACAAGCUCAUUAUCCAGAUGAGGACAUAAUAUCCUACUAGCCUUUCUCUGAAUCAUGUCCCUACGACUCCUGUCCAUCCCUUACAUUUGAAUCAUAUCCCCAAGACUCCUUCUGUCCGUCCCUUACAUUUGAAUCCUGCCCCAACACUUCUUCUGUCCGUCCCUUACAUUUGAAUCCUGCCCCUACGACUCCCUCUGUCCAUUACACCAGAGGUCUUCUCCCGCUUCUGUCCUUUUUUUUUCUUAUGUUUUUGUCUUCUCACAACGUGUAAACUCUAUGUCGUACUUGCAUGUGGAGGCCCUGCUAACUUUGUGAAAUCCAAAACCCUGUUGUUUCGCUUUGCGUAGCCUUUUCUCCUGUUUGUGUUGGAGAACACUGCUGCACCGCCUCACAGACAGCUGGUCAGGUGGCAGGACCUCUUUCUCACAACAUUCUCCUGAAAAUGCUACCCAUCUCCCAUUAAGUAAAGGGCUUGUUAUUAUAUAGAAACACACACACACACACACAAUCAAAAAGGCUUGCUUGAGGUAUGGCUUGAGGUAUCCCAAUUGACACUGCAUGCUUAAGGGCACACCUCCAAAGGUAAGCAUUUGCUUUCUUGGCGUUUCAUGUAUUGCGGAAGGAAGCGGGUGAGAGUAGGACCCAGUAUGUAAUAUGUUUGAGAAGACAUGCUGGGUGUCAGAGCAAGGUGUACAAAGUAUGUAGUGAGGUGUAUGCUCAACGUUAAUGUUAGCAGGAUUCUUGGCAAUGGUUGAAAACUCUUGUCAUUAGUGUUGAUGUUAGCUGAAAGAAAGGGUGGACAUAAAGGGCUGUUUUUAUUCUUCCUUGUCCUUUUGUUUUGUGGAUGAAUGGAUGGACAGGUGAGUCCAGAGACGACAGUAUGUAGGCCUACCAAAAUGUUGCAUUGUCCAUUCUUAUAUCCACUUACUAUGUAUGUUCGCGGUCUAUCUCUGGGCCUGGCUUGUCAGCGUCUACUAGUCAAAUCUAAGUCUUAGUGGAGAAACAAAAUGCGUAAAAUGUUAGGUUUUCCACUUCUUUUUCCAUGGCUCAUUCAUUACAGUACAUUUUCUACAUUGUGAGGAGCGUCAGAUGUUUAAUUGUCUUGCUCAUAUUCAUCUGACAUUUAUAAUCUCUCAGUCUGUUCCAGCUGACUACCUGUGAACUGAAACCAACCAAUUGUGCAUUUGCAUGGUUUGAACUGGUUAAACAUGUUAAUUGGUAAACAGCAAAUUAAUUACUUCAUCCAUAGAAAUUCAGUUUAGCUGUCAUAAAAAAAACAAAAAAAAAACAUUGUUGUUAUGAAAACCAUGCAAAAAGAACUGAAAUAUAAUGAAAGAUAUCUUUGAAAGAUAAUGUUCUGUCAUUGCAUUUAACUGUCGAAGGCUGUCAUCAUAGUCAUUUCGACAUGCUAUUUCAAAGUCCAUCUAUAGGUGGGGCUCUUGGUUCAUUUCAAACAUACAGUCUGAUUGAUUAUGUCAGUCAGAAUGUCCGAGGAAGUCUUGCCAAUGUUGGACCUCUGGACGACAGCAGAGGGUCAAAGCAGAUAGAUACCAGAACCAGAGGUCUAUAGGAUCUCUAGAUGAUGAUGUGUGUGCAUGCGGGUGUGUAUGUAUGUAUGUAUGUCCGUAUGAGUCUGUGAGUACGUGUGUGAGGGGGUUUCUGGUGGCUCACUAAUUAGUCAGGCUCAGCACAGAGCCCAUCUUCUCUGGAGACCUCAUUAGCAUGACUGUGACCUUGUGGCGGAAAUCUCCUGUGCUCCGAUCCUCCCCGGAGACAAAGAAUUUACUAGCACCGUUAAUCACUUCUUCAUCUUCGUCAGCACGCUACACCUACUGCACGUCACCACGGCGCGCAUGCACCUGCGUCAGCCUUACAUGUCCAUCUGCUUUUCAUCUCUCAUCUGCGUCAUCAACUUUAAACCUACAGUCUAUACAUUUGAAUGUAACGGUUUAGUGAGCAGCUUCAUAAUCUCCACUUGUGAGGGGAGUGAGAGGGACAGGGACAGAUUCAGAGGCAGGGUAGGGGCCUGGAGAAGAAGGUAAAGGUAGUGUUAAGUGACACAAAGCAAGGGUGAACGCAGCAGAGAAUGAUAGAGGAUGGUUUACUAAUCAAAAUGAAUGUGAAGUAAACCCUAGCCCAACCUCCAGCUGAAUCCCCAGAGAAAUCGGACCGUAUGAUAGAAAAUCCCAGGAGAACCCAUCCACCACCCCAACACACACACACACACACAGAAUAAAGCCAUCCCUCAAAAAACUCAAAAUAAUAUGUCCUGAUAGAAAAAAGAUAUUAUCACCAAAUGUAAGUCUUGUCUGCAGCUACAAUCCUAUCUAGCUUUGUCCUGCAGUGUCGGGUUAAAAGGUCAUGUCACUGUCAGUGUUGUCCCACUGCAUCAAGAUAACCCUUGAACCCCCUGAUAUCACUCUGACAUCUGACCCGGAUCUUGCAGGUCUGCAAGACGAUUAUCGGCUAAACUCACCCAAAACAAGAGAAUUGAAUCGUGAGAUGUUUAAGUUCUAUAAUGACGUUAUGGACUUGGUUGUGAUCUAAACCCGGACCAGUCUACAAAACCUCCUGGCAUUAACACUUCAAACUGUGUACAUGUACAGUAAAUGUCCCUUCGACAAACGUGUGACCAUUAGGUGUCCUGACGCCAGCGGUGUGCGGGUUACUCUGUGCUCCCACAUGGACAACAACGCACCAUGGACUCAUCUUAGGUAUCACCGUAUGUAAGCUUUCUCCAAAACCAUGAGAGACAAAACAAAAUCCAAGGAAUUAAAAUAGAGAUUUCUUUUUUUAAUACAGUAAAUGCAGGCAUGUACACAACUGUGCUGUGAUUGGCUAAGUUUUUUUUUCCCUAUUACGCAAUGUUGUUUUAGGCCCAAUUGAGUGAAUCUAGAUCACAACGACCCAUUACAUACUUUUACGGCCCUGAAAAUGGAUCGCAUGGCCCAAUCUGAAGACAUCUGGUUUCUAGUGUUGUGUUCCUGUCCUGUCCCACUUCCUCCUGUGUGCCUGCCAGGUAGAAAUGCUUUUUCUUCCUAUUUCUAUCUCUCGUUUACCAUGGUUAUGUUCUAUAUCCUGUGGAUCUAUGCAGAAGCCCAUUCCUUUUUUUUUUUUUCUUUUUUUUUUGGUUGUAAAUAUCUUUCCUAGAAUGCUGAACGAUGUAUAACGUGUCUUUGCUUCCGAGGUAUCGUGCAUUUUGAGUUGAUGUCCUGCCUGUCCAUGGCUCGAUUCAGUCAAACCCACAUUGCAGGUGUUUCCGCCACAGUUCUUUCUUUCAGUGUUUUAAAUGAAUUCACAUGCUUGUCUUGGGUACUGUGUGUCAACAUAAAACUACCCAAGGUGACCUUCA